AUGGCCCCUAAACGAGCAUCAAAGACACCAGCUGGAGCCACCCCUAAGCGCCAGAAGAAAGUGAUGACUCUGCAGGAGAAGGUGGAGUUGUUGAAUAAGUUAAGGGAGGGAAUGUCGUUCGCUGCUGUGGGGCGACUGUACAACGUGAAUGAAAGCACCGUACGUACCAUCAAGAAAAAGGAAAAAGAUAUCUGUGAUGCUGUAAGUGCCAGUGCUCCACGCAGUACUAAGCAUGUCAGCCAAGUGAGGGAGAAGGCAAUGGUGAAGAUGGAGAAUGCCUUGUUUUUGUGGAUAGAGGACCAGCAUCGGAAAGGUGUAGUAGUGGACUCUAUCCUUAUCCAGGAGAAAGCUAAGUCUCUACACACACGCUUCACGCCUGCAGCUAAGGAACCCGUACCCAGUACCAGUGCUGCUACCCCCACACCCGAGACACCUCAGACACCUCCGACACCUUUCCAAGCCAGCAAGGGGUGGUUUGACAAUUUCAAGCAUCGAUUUGGCCUGAAGAAUGUGAAGAUGACUGGGGAGGGUGCGUCAGCAGACACCAUGGCUGCAAAAACUUUCCCAGCAGAGUUGAAAGCAAUACUCGAGGAGCAGGGUUACAAGCCAGAACAAGUUUGGAAUAUGGACGAAACAGGUUUGUUCUGGAAAAAGACGCCACAGCGCACUUUCACCGCCAAAGAAGAACGCCGUGCACCAGGAUUCAAGGCAGCCAAGGAGAGGUGCACCGUGCUAUUUUGUGGCAAUGCUGCGGGUCACCUCAUUCGCCCAGGCUUCAUAUACAAGUCUAAGAAACCGCGUGCAUUCAAACACCGCGACAUGAGCUUGCUGCCUGUUUUCUGGAUGUACAAUAAGAAGGCCUGGACAACGAGCGACCUGUUUCUCAACUGGUUCCACCAUUGUUUCCUGCCAGAGGUCGAACGCUACCUGCACCAGAAAGGAUUGGAGUUCAAGAUCCUGCUAAUCCUCGACAAUGCUCCUGGUCAUCCACAGUCAGUGGAGGUGCUGCAUGAAAAGGUACAGGUGUUGUUCCUUCCACCCAACACCACUGCACUUAUCCAGCCAAUGGACCAGGGAGUUAUCAAGACGUUCAAGGCUAACUACAGUAAACGUGUGAUGGCCAGACUGCACUCAGCCUUAGACCAUGAUCAAAACCUGGAUGUGCUUCAGUACUGGAAGAACUUCAACAUUGCCGACUGCUUAUCUUUGGUGGCUCAAUCUUUCAAGGAUGUGAAGCCUGAGACAGUGAAUGCCUGCUGGAAAUCACUGUGGCCUGAAUGUGUGAAAGAUUUCACUGGAUUUUCUCCUGAUGAAGCCAUCGCAGAGGCGGUGAAAAAGACCCUGGCACUGUCGAGGAAAGUGGCUGUUGAAGGCUUCCAGGACAUGGCAGAGGACGAGAUUAGGGAGCUAAUAAAGAACACGACAUUGAGCUGA